AUGGCCGGCGCCGGGUGCGGCGACGGCGGUGACUGGCCCUUCUCCGCCGACGAAGCAUAUGCCGACUCCUCGGCGCUGCUCGCCGAGCUCGGAUGGGCGGCCGAUUUCAUGGACGACGACGGCUGCGCCGGGGAGCUGCUGCCGCCCCUGGAUCUGCCUCCAGCGACGCCCGCCGGGUCAGUUGACGGGGCGGUCGCGUCGUCGACCUCCACCGAUGACGGUGCAACGCCGGAGGCUGCCGACGCCGACGGGAAGCCGGCCGCCACGACAGAGGCAGCGAGCAAGCCGGCGCUGGGGAAGACGACCAAGGGGCAGAAGCGGGCGCGGCAGCCGCGGUUCGCCUUCAUGACCAAGACGGAGAUCGACCACCUCGAGGAUGGAUACCGCUGGAGGAAGUACGGUCAGAAGGCCGUCAAGAACAGCCCUUUCCCAAGGAGCUACUAUCGGUGCACCAACAGCAAAUGCACGGUGAAGAAGCGCGUAGAGCGCUCCUCCGAUGACCCCUCCAUUGUCAUCACCACCUACGAGGGCCAGCACUGCCACCACACCGUCACCUUCCCCCGUGGCGCCAGCGCCGCUACCCUCGCCGGCCAGAUUGCCUUCUCGGCGCACCACCACCUCUUGUACAACGACUUACCGCCACUUCACUCUCCGACCGCUCAAAACCCCCUCUUCUGCAGGCCGGUGCUAUCGUCGAUGCUGUUGUCGCAGCACUGCAACCGACAGGAGCUGCAAGUUGCGAGCUACUCGACGCAGCCGUCCUCGAUCAUGUCGUUGCCAACGAGUGUUCCCGCCGUCGACAAGGGGCUUCUUGAUGACAUGGUGCCACCAGCGAUGAGGCAUGGGUAGAUCGAUGGCGUCGAUGGCCGCUAGCUAGCUUGAUUAAUUCUUAGCUAGUUAAUUAAUUGGAAGAUGGAUGGCUCAACGAUUUUAAUUGGCCCGGGAGGAGACAGGGUAUUUUAUAUGUUGGUAAAUAGGUAUAGAUCAGAGUGUGUUUAUGAAUGUAUCGAUUGUACAAUGGUGAAGAAGAGAAAUCUUCCCUUAGCCCUCAAUAUUACCUAUAGAGAAGACAAUAAAUAUAUGAUGUAUUACCUCGUACUACUAUGGCUAAUACUAAUAACUGAGUAUUAAUUAA